AUGGAUCUUGAUUCUCUUGUUUGGUCAUCAUGCAUUUUGUCCACAAUUAAUGGCCUCGGCUUGGUCUACGGAGGAGAUCCCUUUGACUCGGGGCUUGUCUAUAGCAGUAGCCAGUUUUCGUCGUCUUCUGUGCCUCUUCUGUUGAAGUUGAACGGCAUCGUCCUCACAGUGCUAGGACCUGCUUUUGGAUAUCCAAUAGCAUCCUCUGCAGUUGGAGUACUUAAAGGGUUAUGGAGAAAUGACUUGCCGGGUCUAAAAGGAGACUGUCCUAAUUGUGGUGAAGAGGUUUUUGCGUUUGCGAGAGGUCGGAUCAAUCAAACUGAAGUCUGCGUCAGGGUUGGGUGGAAAAUGGGUAUACGGCAGGAUAUACCUUGUUUCACGGCCAAGAAGAGAUCGGCGUUCCAAGUUUACAUAGUUACUUCUGACCAAAAGAAGAACAUAAGUUUUGGGGACGCUUCUCAAUUUUGUUACGAAGGAUACUAG